AUGGAAAUCAGGAUAACUUUGAUUCACAAAUUGGUGGACAACAAGCGGUGGAGAGUAGUCUCUCUCAAAGUCAAACGAAGAAUCGGAACCGAUUGCUGNGUGGAGAGUAGUCUCUCUCAAAGUCAAACGGUAUACGCCGGCAAUCCUUACUACUCUUACCCUCCAUUGUCUUCGAGUCGUUAUCCAUUGUCUGAGUCCCAGAAUUCAGAAGAAUCGGAACCGAUUGCUGUCAAACAGACAGAACUGCCGCCUCUCUCGCAAAAGAUCUACCCAUCGAUUGAAUCUCAACUGAAAUCUGUCUCCUAUUCUUCGGCUAACAUAUUGAGCUCAAAGCCAAUCGGCGAACAACAGUCGGGACUACUCUAUAAUAACAAUGAUUUCAGAUACAAGCCAUCGGAACAAACGAGAGAUCCUAAACAAAUCAGAACUCCAUAUAAUUAUAGAUCGCAAUCACAACAGGAAUAUAAAGGCGAUGGCUUUGACGGCGAUUACGGGAGCCGUAAACUGAGCCCAGUUUUCAAAGCCCAGCAAUCGAUGAAAUAUGAGGACUCAUUGGAGGCGAAACUGAAGCAAAAAGAAAACGCUAAACAAAUGUAUGAAUCAAAACCAGAAUAUGAUUACGACAGCAGUAAUAGUGAACCGGAAGACGAAGACAUCAAAACUGAUGACAACUAUAAUAUAAAUCAAAAUAAAAAGACUCCUUAUUUGGCGCAUAAUAUCAAUAAUAAUCAGAAUCGGAAAAAUCAAUUGAAUGGCAGAGGGUUUGUUCAGAAACAAGAAGCCAUUAGUCCCUACUAUUACAACAGAGAAAGUGGUCAAUCAUUGCCUGCAUAUAACGCCGAGCCAUUUGACGGAUGGCCUAACUAUUACUAUAAAGCAAAUACCAAUAAUUGGCCACAACUGGCGGCCGCCGCCACUCAAAUACAGGAGACAAUAGACGGCCAAAGUAUACUCAAUCUAUACAAUGGAUACAGGAAUCAGAAUAAGGAGAGCGUCCGAUCGUCACUGUAUUCGCCCGCAUAUGACUUGAUGGCCGACACACAGCUUAAGGCUGCGUCCAAUCCGGUGCCCAUGCAGUCCAUGCAAAACAGUAAGAUAUACGCGCCGUACGCCACCGCCGGCUCAACCUAUCAGCCCAUCAACCUUUUUGCCGGCUAUGGAAGAGACUAUAGUCUGGUUGACUUGAAUGGAGAGCUAUAUCCGGCUCCGUUGGUCUCGCAAAAGCCGCCCCGACAGCUACACAAACCUCUGCAUCAAAGCGGUGGUGAUUUGGCUGAACAGGCGAGUCGUGAUUCAAUUAAGGUAUAUGCGAAAGAAUCCGCUCCUAUUGAGGCCAAGUUUUAUGUCAGGUAA